AAACGCGGCUCAUCACAGAAUGAUCGUACGGGCAUUGCGGCUCCGGGAGGGCCGACUGGCCCUGCCCAGAUCAACAUAUUCGUCCGUUCAGCCAAUGCGAUCAUGGCGGAGAUACGUCUCAUCAUUGGAGACAUCAAACACAUCGGAGUCGCCUUUCCCUUCGGACAGUACACCAAGCAAUGCAUCAUUCGAUACUCAAGGUCUUGUCCCUCCGGGCAAGACUCUUUUCCAACGCGAGCUCAUUCCCAUUCGACCUGUCUCGGUGAACGACAUUUCACAUCCUGUCGCACAAGUAUACGCGCGACACACCUAUGAGAAACAAUUGUUCAAUCCUCUAGGUAGUGCUGGGAGGGCUAUUUACAAGCCUCACGAGUUACUCGCCUACCCUCCACGACCGGAAGACAUCACGCUCGAAUUACUUCUCGCCUCUGGGGCCCAUUUGGGUCACGCGACACAACUUUGGCACCCUGGCAACUCGCAGUACAUUUUCGGUGUACGCGGCACUGAAAGCGGAGACCCUAUUCACAUCAUCAGUCUGGAUGUGACCGCCUCGCAUCUCCGUCGUGCUUGCAAGGUCGUCGAAUCUGUUGCAGAAAAUGGAGGUGUCAUCCUAUUUGUGGGAACAAGGAGUGGGCAGUCAAGAGUCACCGUCAGGGCUGCGGGUUUGGCAAAGGGUUGUCACCUUUUCACCAAAUGGGUACCUGGAAGCAUAACGAACGGACAACAAAUCCUCGGCAACUGUGCGAAGAAAGUCGUUGAUUCAUCAGACCACGAGAUGGAAGGCUUCGACGAUCAGCUCGACGAUUAUGCUGCAAUCAAGCCGGAUCUUGUCGUAUGUCUCAAUCCAGUGGAGAACUAUGUCUUGUUGCGCGAAUGCGGCCAACACGGCAUUCCGACGAUCGGUAUCAUUGAUACUGAUUGUAAUCCUACUUGGGUCACGUAUCCUAUUCCCGCCAACGACGACAGCCCGCGAUGUGUACAAGUGAUAGCUGGAGCUCUCGGCCGUGCAGGUGAAGCUGGUCACAAGACACGAUUGGGGCUUUCAGAGCAAGGUGUCGUCAAAUACAACGCUCGUCAUAGAUUGAAGCCCCCGAAGUCUCGUGCUGCACGACGUCGGGUAGAAGGUGCUGCCGCGUCACAUGACUACGAGGUAGAUGUGAAUGAUCUAGGAGGCGUACCAGUGGAUCAAUAUGAACGCGACCAAGAGCUGUUUGCACUUCUGGGAGGCGAUCUUCAAGCUUACAACCCAACUGAGAGCGAAGGGGUCGAUUUGGAGAGCGAAGAUGCCCAAGAUGCAGCAGCAGAGGCCUUCUCGCUCGAGGGCAAACAAGAUAUCUCGAGAAUUAUUUCUGAGGUACAGCAGUCGGAGUCGAAAUCUCAAGAUGCGAGCACAAGUUCAAAAUUGUCAGAAUUGCGAUCUGCUGCCGAUGCUGAGGUGAAACUUGACAUUCGUGAGGAGGAUUACGUGCAACUACAGGGUCGUUCCGGGAAACACGCAGAGGUGCAAGAAAAAUCUGCGAAGACGCAGCAGCAAUCUGCGACCGAUUUCCUCGCACCCGGCGCCGAAUUCCUCCAAAACGCUAGCGACGAGGAGUUUGAAGCAAUGCUUCGUGGAGCCAAAGCGAAAAGAGAAGCGGCCAAGCGGGUAUCCAGCACCGCAGCACCUAGCACCCCAACGCAAGACAAAGCCAAUAAACACGAACGUCAAAGCAGUGCGUCACUUGAUCCGUCGGCGGAUGAGCUAAAAGAAGCUGCGGCGGCGGCGCCGGUUGCCUCUCCAUCUCCAGAGAAGCGAUCCCCAACAAUAGCUGCGACCCCCGCGCCGCCAUCAUCACCGUCACCAAGCUCGGCCCCGGAGGAGAAGCAGGAAACAUCAGCACAGGCUGCAGAGGAAUCACAGCCGCAACCCGCCGCAGCUGACGCCGAGACCGCAACCAUGGAACCGUCGCCGGCCGAGAUAUCAUCGACAAAGACCGCUGCAGGAUCAAAGCCAGCAGAACAGGAUGCUUUACUUCUUGAGGCUAAGGAGAAAUCUGAGUUUGUUGGAAAACGUCUGCAAGCUCAAGAAGCUCAAGAUGGUGUCCAGUUCGCGUUCGAUCAAGCUACGGAAGUGCAGGAGGCUACGGUCGAAGAGCAAGCUCCCAUUGAGAAGGACGUCCCUUCGCAACCUGCAAGCGAGGGUGUGAAGGCAGAAGAGUCGGUCUCAACGAAGGUAGAGACACCGGCGGCGGCUCAGGAGGUGGUACCAUCUCAAGCUGAACCGAAGCAGUCGGUUGAGGGAACGCCAGGAGCUAAACAGGAAGAGAAGAAGUGAUAGGGUGGACGAACUUCUGCCACCGUUGGCACGCUCUGGACUGUAUUAUUUGCUUCUUUGUAAAAGCUGUAUUAAAUAGACGCUUGUGUACCCUUCCCAUCAUUGUGCUGUCGUCAAUGUCAAUUACAUGCUUUUGCUCGU